AUGGCGCAAAUGGUUGAAGAAAGAGACGAGGAAGGAAAUGUUCUACAAACAAAGAAAUACGAUGGGAAAUUCUACAUUUCACAUUUCCCUGGAAAUGUGAAGGAUCAAUUGGCUGCUAUAGACGAAAUGGACGUUAGAGAAGAUGACACCUUUAUAAUGUCAUACCCUAAAUCAGUGGUCUAUGGCUCCUGGUUUGAUCGUAUAAAGGCUUGGGACAAGGUGAAGAGUGAAUACAAGGGAGACAACAUUAUGUAUCUAAUGUAUGAGGAAAUGAAACAGGACCUGCGAUCGCAUGUUCAAAAGAUGGCUUCCUUCCUCGGGAUUGAUAUCGAAAAGGAAGUGGUGGACCUGGUGACGGAAAAGUGUACAUUCAGCAAUAUGGCGGUAUAG